CUGUCUGUCAUGUGACGGGGUAAAGCAACAGCAUAUAAAGCAAAGGACUCAGGAACUCAGAUACAUUCUUUAUUAUCUCCUCUACAGAUGACUAAAAGUGCUGAUUAACGAGACUGCACAGGCCAUGAUGCUCGGGAGCUUGCUGUUUGCCGUGUGCUGUAGCACAGCACUGGCUCAUUUCAACACAAAUCUAGACCAGAACUGGGAGUUGUGGAAGAAAACUUAUAACAAGUUUUACUCCAGUAAGGAUGAGGAACUGGGCAGGAGGGAGUUGUGGGAGAGAAACCUUGAACUUAUCACCAUUCACAACCUGGAGGCUUCCAUGGGCCUGCAUUCAUAUGACCUGGGCAUGAACCACAUGGGUGACAUGACAACAGAGGAGAUUCUGCCAUUACUGGCCACAACUGACAUCAUUCCUGACUUGAGGGAAACAGCAGAAUUUGUGGGCUCUUCUGGAGCUGCUGUCCCAGACUCUCUGGACUGGAGAGAUAAGGGAUAUGUCACCAGUGUGAAGAACCAGGGCAAAUGUGGUUCGUGUUGGGCGUUCAGCGCCGUUGGGGCUCUUGAAGGUCAGCUGAAGAAGACCACAGGAAAGCUGGUCAGCCUCAGUCCUCAGAAUCUGGUGGACUGUUCCUCCAGUUAUGGCAACAAGGGCUGCAAAGGUGGUUCGAAGAGGGCUGCCUUCCAGUAUGUUAUUGAUAAUGGAGGAAUAAGCUCUGAGUCGUCUUACCCUUAUAAAGGAGUGCAAGGACCAUGCAGAUACAAUCCAUCCAAGUAUGCAGCAAAAUGCACCAACUACACAAAAGUCCGUCGAGGAGAUGAGGAGGCCCUGAAGCAGGCUGUUGCUAGCAUUGGACCUAUUUCAGUGUCCAUUGAUGCUUCCAGGCCUCAGUUUAAGCUUUACCGCAGUGGUGAGUAUUUCUUCCCUACACAUUUCAAUCAGACUGAUUACCAGAUCAAGAUAGCAGACCGCAUUACAGACAGUGUGCUCCUCCCUGCUCACGUUACAUCCCGAGUGGGGAUACGCACAGUUUUUGCGUGGUUUGCUUGGGAGCGGAUCACGCAGAGUCAGCUCUCGGGGGAGCAUUUUAAGCGUCUCAGCCUGCGUGCUCUCCGCUCCCGGAAGGCUGUCUUUAAGGAGGGAGACUUCGCUAGCUUUCCUCAUGAGUCUGACCCCGCUUCCGCAGAGGCGGAGUGGCAGCUGCACUCGUGGGGUUCGCAGCUGGAUCUGCUGGAGGGAAUGGAGACGGGGGUGGUCACUCGUGCGGUAACCAAGGUGAACAUCGUUUGGCCCACCGAGAAACAGGCCAAACUGCAGCAAAGCAAGCUGAGCACUUCCUGA